CCUACUGGAUUCCGAGAAUGUCGAAUCUCCGAGUGCCACCCAAGUCAGCCGAUGAUCACGGGAACUUCGAACCGGAGCCGAUGAGCCAUCUGGUCGCCAUCGAAAUCAUCAACGCCAGCAAGGACUACGAUGGCGUGGUGGCCGUGCAAGACGUCUCCAUGCGCAUCUUCGAGAACCAGAUCACCGUGCUGCUCGGACACAACGGCGCAGGGAAGACAACUCUGCUCAACAUGAUCACCGGCUUCUUGGACUGCAGCUCUGGCGUCGUGCUCGUGGGUGGCUACGACGUCAGAACCUGCACAAGGGAUGCGCGCGACAGUAUCGGAUACUGCGCGCAGUACAACAUCCUUAUCGACGACCUGACUGUCGAGGAACAUCUGAUGUACUUUGCUAUCGUACGCAACUUUGUUUCCUCUCUUUCUAGCGAUGCUGAGAAGAGCCUAUCUCAACGCUAUGACCUCUUUUUCUUUUAA